ACGAGAGCGAGGCGAAUCGGUGCCGGUCAUAGAUAUUAUCAUAUCGGGGUUGAUUGUGUGUGCGCAGAACGCGAGUUUCGAGCCAUUGUCAUCGCGUUCGACGAGAAAGCGUAGAACAAGAUCUUGUGCGAAAUAUAUGUACAUACAUGUACGUGUAGGUAUAUAAUAUAUAUGCGUACACGUAUCGCUUGAUAAUACGCGAGAGCGCCAAGGGAAACGUCUGCGAACCAGUGUGUGCGCGGGUGCGUGUCCGAUUCGGUGCGUGUAUGCGAGGGCAACCGCGUGCGGGCGGUUCCCACACGUCCGUGCAACAAGUGUCAUUAGACGGGGGACCAGGACCGUGGUCGAGUAAAACCAACUGUGGUGUUCGGAGGGGUCCGCGACAGAGAGACGCCGUGCAUGGUGCCCCGUUCUUCCUCCUCCAGCGGGCAGAGAGAGAGGACCAUCGGCGAGGAUGGGCUGUGCGGUAAGCACCACCGGCGAGAAAGAAGCCGCGGAAAGAUCGAAGAAGAUCGACAAGGAUCUCAGAGCCGAUGGCGAGCGGGCCUCCAGUGAGGUCAAGCUUCUAUUGCUCGGAGCGGGAGAAUCUGGUAAGUCCACUGUAGUGAAGCAAAUGAAAAUCAUUCAUGAAACUGGAUACAAUAAGGAAGAAUGCGAGCAAUAUAAGCCUGUAGUGUAUAGUAACACAAUCCAAAGUCUAAUGGCAAUCAUUCGAGCCAUGGGACAGCUUAGAAUCGAUUUUGUGGAUCCUGGUAAAGCAGACAUAGCACGGCAAUUUUUUACUCUAGCCUCCGCAGCAGAAGAGGGCGAACUUACCGGGGAACUAGUGCUGUUAAUGAAACGAUUAUGGCAAGACCCUGGUGUACAGCUUUGUUACACUCGCAGUAGAGAAUACAAGAUCAAUGACUCGGCAGCAUAUUAUCUUAAUGCUCUAGAUCGCAUAGCUCAACCCAAUUACAUUCCAACACAGCAAGAUGUUCUCAGAACACGCGUGAAAACCACUGGAAUAGUAGAAACACAUUUUUCUUUUAAGGGUCUACAUUUUAAAAUGUUCGAUGUUGGUGGCCAACGAUCAGAAAGAAAAAAAUGGAUACAUUGUUUCGAAGGCGUUACUGCCAUUAUUUUUUGCGUCGCGUUGAGUGGGUACGAUUUGGUACUUGCGGAAGACGAAGAAAUGAAUAGGAUGAUAGAAUCAAUGAAAUUGUUCGAUUCUAUUUGCAAUAGUAAAUGGUUCGUUGAAACGUCGAUCAUUUUGUUCUUAAACAAAAAGGAUCUUUUCGAGGAGAAGAUCACGAGGAGUCCCUUGACUAUUUGCUUCCCAGAAUACAAAGGUGCGAACACUUACGAAGAAUGUGCUUCCUAUAUUCAAAUGAAGUUCGAAAAUUUGAAUAAAAGGAAAGAUCAGAAACAAAUUUACACGCACUUCACUUGUGCCACUGAUACAUCUAACAUUCAAUUUGUGUUCGAUGCUGUGACCGACGUUAUAAUCAAAAAUAACUUAAGCAAUUGCGGCUUGCUAAGUUAAAUGUUAAUUGGAAUUUAUAUUGAAUCCAAAAGAUCCAAGUCUGAGGUUUCUAAACCUAUGCAAGAGCACAAAGGAUAUACGUGAGACUGAACAAAAAGUUUUAGGAUCAGAAACGUUCUGUGCAUGCUAAUGCAAAUGCCAAAUGGACAAUAUUCUCAUUUUGGCAUCCUAUCAAUAUUUGCAACAUGUUUGUUUAGUAUUGUACGACUUACUGGAUCCUGUUUGUCUCAAUAUUUUUUCUACACCAAACGUUUAUAACAAUUUCUAUUUUAAAAAUUACCUUUCACUAAUUGGAUUUUUUGUUGCAAAAUUUAUUGUUGAACCGAAAUGAUGAAAAAGUAAAAAUCUCAACAUUGGUAUAUCACAUUUUCGUGGACAAUAGUAAAUACUAUUUACAAAUGAAAGGAUACUUGGUUUCUGACAAUUGUAUUUAGUAUAUUAACCAGAACCUAGUUAGCUGUUAAUUUAGUGAUAUCUUUUUGUAUAUAAUUUAUUUGCUAAAAAGACUCUCUAUAAUGGGAAUGGAAAUGUAUUUCCAUGAUUGUGGUCGAAGCCAUUCAAUUUUCUCGUGAACGUUUAUACUCUGACAACGAACACAGAUCUCUGUGUUUACAGAAUAUAUUUAUGCAAGUGAAAUUUGAUAUCAAUUCUUUUUUUUGUAAAGUCUUUUUGUACGUAUUAUUAAAUAACGCUCGAAAGGCUGUCAUUAUUGCUCUAGCUUCCAUGCAAAAGACAACGCUAGGAGUUAUAGACUUCGAAAUUAAUCUCAUUAUACCGCUGAGACAAAUAAAAAUCUUUUUAACAGAAGGUCAUAUCAUUUUAUAUUCCUAUAUUUUAAAAGAUCCGUAGUUUAGUAAAUUAUGGAGAAGAGCAAUAAUUUUACUAAAGCCAUUUAUAUUUACAUUCACUUUUCGAAUUUUAGACAUAAUUCCAUUACAAAUAUUUUCAGAUUGGUUUGUGUAUUUUCAUUGAUUUCUUAUCGAGGAUCUUGCAUGUCUGUUAAAAGAAUCUAUUUGAAAAAUUUAUUUUUUUGGUUUCUUGAGAUUGAGAAACAUUCCAUGAAUAACGCCGCGUGCAUAUCAAGUACUUAUUAUUCUGAUUCCUGCAAAGUAAUUAAGAAUGCUUUCUUCGUUGUGUAAACAUAGAAUCUCAUUUUUACUUCUAUCUUGUAUCGACCUUUAUAUGUACAUGUACAAUAAUACAAUACAUGAAACUACAAAAUAAA